AUGUAUCGACUAAACGGAGUUGUUUUUCUUCUAUUAUUAUUCGUUGCUAAAUAUCAAGCACAGGAUCCAACACAACCUAUCGAUUGGAAUGGUGACCCAAGACUAUGUACAGUUAAUCCACCAGCUACGCCUUCACCAUUAUCUCCACCACCAGUGCCAAAAUUUCCAAAUCAAGCUGAAUUCGCUCUAGAACGUGUAGAAAUUAAGCAUGUAAUAAAUAUCACAUUUCCUAGUGAAAUGACUAUGAUUCAAUAUCUUUAUGAUUAUGACGCUAAUAAAUUAAUCAUGGUUAAAAAUAAAAAUGGCUUUGUUGAUGCUGAAUAUUAUUACUAUGGUCCCAAUAAGAUAUCAACUUAUAUUAGAGGAGACCUUUGUCGUGUAACAGAUAUUCCAACAAAUGACGAUAUGAAUGGUGCAUCUGCAAUACGAUUACAAGACGGUAAAUGGCAUAUUCGUCCGUUGAAUGAAUUUCUUUUAUUUUCAAGUGAUGAUCCAAGUCGACGAGUUCCACCAGUAUAUCUUGGUACAGACAUAGCACGUGGAAUUCGAGUUCAUAAGUGGCAAAGUUGUUAUAUCAAUAAAACAGAGUAUAAAACAAUACGACGUAUAUGGUCAUUUGCUCAAGACGGAGUUUCUAUGCCAGGUGCAACUAACGCUUCAUUUCCCGUUCCUAUUCAAGCAUUGAUUAGCGCUUCAUAUGAUUUUCCAAAUGGCACACAAGCAGCUGAGGUCGAUGAAGUAUAUAAUGUUCUUGCAUAUCGAUCAGGUAUUAUGGAAUCCAGCAAUGACUUAUCACCACCAAAAGGUGUUUUUUGUGCUAGUGGUCCAGGUCAAAAUUUAGUAUCACUUAAAGAUGCUGGUGUCGGUUGGCCAAAUCAUUUUAGUGUUCGUGUUGAAACUUCAACAUCACGUUCAUCACGAUGGGAACGAUUUCAUUUACAUUAUGAUCAAGGUCGUGAAGGUGCUUCAAGACGUUUACGUUAUGAUUAUAUGCCACCUGGUGCAGAAGAUUUUCAAUCCGUUAUUCAUGAUUAUACGGAUAAUAUGACUUAUAUUAUGGAUCUUCGUGUUGGUUCGUGUAAAAUUAAUAAUGGUGUAGAAAUUCCUGAUGUUAGUCCUGUUAGUGAUCCAAUACGAUUUUUUGUUAAAAAUGAAGCUCAGUUUAUCUUUAAUCCACCUGAAAAUGCUUGGGAAUUCAAUGGAUAUCGACCAUGUCGUGGCAAUGCUAUUAGAUGUACAAUAUUAACAACAUCAUUAGAUAACUUUCCUGCUAUAGUUGAGCCAGAUACCGGUAUAUCAGCAGGUGAAACAUGGACCGCAACUAAUGUUGAAUAUGGUUGGUCAGUUCGUGCACCAUUUGCUGCUCCAGCACCUGAUCAACCAAACAGAUUUGAUUAUCCAGUAAGCUUAUAUUUAAAAAUGUAUCGAUUUCGAGAUCCAGUUAAUCCAACACCAGAUAGUCUUCUUACUGAAGAUGUUGAAUAUGAAUUUUAUGAAAUGUCUCAUGAUAGAAAUCAAUUUGAUUUCGAUAUAAGUUUAUGUUAUCGUGCACUUAAUUAUGAAUAUCUACAUCUAGUUUUUACAUGUACUCUUAGUAGAGAUGGUCUUAUUGAUAAUAAUAAAUUAAACAGACGUCAAUUAAACUUCCGAACACAUGCCAAUUUAGUAAGUGUAAUGCAAAUUAAAUUUUCACGUAUAACUGAUGUAGAAAUUGAUCAUGAAAGAGCUGAUAAUCGUGUACAAAUCUUUUUUACUCUUCUUGGUCGAACACCAAGACCAGGAUCACAAUCAGGUUUUAAUGAUAAUGAACCAACAGCUGCAGUAGCAAGUGAAACGUUAAGAACAGCUAUUGAUACUAGAAAAUUUCAAAUCGAGCUUACACUAGAUGAUAAUUCUACUGUACAAUUAAUAGCAGAUCCUGGUUCAUUAAAUUCUUCGAAACAAUAUAUGUCAACUCAUGCAAUAGGAAAAGUUAUUUACAAUAAAAAAUAUACAGGUGGUUCACAAGCAACAGCUAUUAUUGUUGGAUUACUUAUUGGUAUUAUUGCAGGUAUAAUUAUAAUAGCAAUUGUUCGAAUUGUACGAAAAGAACCAAUGCCUUCUGUACUAACGUCAAUAACAAAUCCUUUGUCAAGCAUUUCUUCUAAAGCAAGAACUUCAAACGUUCCUCCAUCAGAUACAGCAAAUGCUUAA